AACCGUUUGACUGUCAUUCGAGUGUUAACUUCCUUAUCGCAGAAUACAUACAUGCCCUUGAAGAAAAUGGGAGCUGUAAGAGUUUUCAGAAAAAUUGUACGAAAAGUAAAAAGGGCUGUUAGCCCCAAAGUGAUGAAAGAGGACUCAACCGCCUCCAACCAAAACUCAGGAAACCACACGCGAGGAGUGAACAACAAUUUACUCAGUGAAUUUGAGGCACUCAAUAAGUCGAAUAGGAUUGAUCAGUGGUGGUUAACAGAGGAAGAGAGAAUCAUGUCGGAACUACGGAAAAUUGGAAAAACAAGCAAUUAA